AUGGCGUCGAUAUCACCAGAAAUUGACGGCUCUUCCAACGAUAGUAGCCGAUCCCACAGCAGGAACGGCGGAAUAAGACAUAGCCAAGCCAAGCCGCGGCAUAAUGUGAAGUUCUCCGUGUCGCCGCCAGAAGAUGAGAUAACCUCUCCAAGACAUCUACUACCAGAAGUACGAUUGCCACUUGCUGAUGCGGAGUAUACAAGGAGGAAAGAUGCGGCGGCACUAUCAGCACGCGACAAAGCGCAUCGUCAUGCAGACAAGGUCAAGAAACACAACUCUGCACCAACAUCGAGGAGGACAUCUGUGGAUGGUACACUCGUGGGAACACCCUAUCAAUCACCGUCCCAGCGACCAGUGCAUGAAGCACCUUCAGAGAACAUACCACUAGAAGAUCUUAACAAGCCGUCGAAGCCACAAUUUCACCUACCAGAGGAUACAACCGAUAGUGACGACGCAGAUGACGAGGUCGAGAUGGUGAAGCCCAUCCAAAGGCGAGAGACACAACAGUUCUCUGAGGCACGAAGACUAAUGCGGUCGUUUACUGCCCACGCUGACAAGAAUGAAGGGCUCAAAGCCCCUCAGGCAGGUGGACAUCGAUCAGGUACAGCGACACCUCUAAUUGACCAGCAUUCUCACGAAUUUGACUAUGUUCCGAAACCCGAUGAGUACAAGCCAAGUGUCCUCAAGCAACUUCUACUCAUGCAGCAAACCUUCUUUAGACCACGUGAUGCAGGUCCUGCAUCGCACCAGUAUGAGUCUCCAGGCGAUGUCAGAGAGGACGUUCGCAGAAACGAGGAAACCUUUAAUAGAUCUCGCGAUGAACUGUUUUCCAAACUAGCACCAUACGCCAGAGAAGAGACUGAUCCUAGGAGACAGCACCCGGACUUUUUUCGAACUCCAAGGAAAGGUCUUCCUCAAAGUCCUGUUAGAAGUCCUCCUAGUGGAAGUCAGACACCUCUAGCAGAAGGGUCAUCUGGUGCUAACUCGAGUGGCUAUGUAACUCCUCGUCAGAAACGGCCCAAGUGGUACAAAUCGCCAGAAGGUCAAUGGCAACAAGGCUCGGGCUGGAACACACCAAUCCCAAAUGGUGGAUCCCAGUCGACAAGCUCUCUUGGCAAGCUACUUGAAGCAUCCUUCUAUACAGCAAAGGCGCCUGCAGCACCAGAACCUUCCCUCAGUCGUCCGAAGCUUGUCAGAAACACUUCGAGUGGGCGUCUGUCAGCUCUCGAAUUGCUCAAACACCCUGUCCACCAUACCGUCAAUCAUGUCCGAAGUAUUAGCAGCACCAGUAAUAUGCGCAAGCAAGCUCGUUUGGCUCAAGAGGCUCGAAUGCAGCAAAUGCAGCAAAUGCUAGCUGAUAGACUGCUAUGCCAAGACUACAUUAUUGUCCUGGCUAAAUCAUUAAUGGCAUAUGGUGCACCAACGCACAGAUUGGAGGAAUCUUUAGCCAUGGCAGCACGGAAAUUGAAAAUACAAGCAUCCUUUCAAUACUUCCCCGGCUGUAUGAUCAUCUCUUUCGAUGAUCCAGAGACUCAUACCACUGAGCUCAAACUAUUGAAGGAACCUACUGCAGUAGACCUUGGCAAGCUAUUAGAAGUACAACACGUCUACAAGGAUGUCAUGCACAACCAAUACUCUAUAAUGGAUGCCAUCGACGAUCUCGCCGCAAUUCGGACUCAACCAAGACGCUUCAAUACCUGGCAGCUGAUCAUCGCUUAUGGUGUUGCGGCCAUGAGCGUGGGGCCAUUCGCCUUCGGUUCGCGCCCUAUCGACUUUCCCGUCGCCUUCAUUCUCGGCUGUACUCUUGGGUGGUUACAGCUCAUCGUCGCGUCGCGCUCCACACAAUUUUCACACAUUUUCGAAGUCUUCGGAACCUGCGUGACAUCUUUUGCGGCUCGAGGUAUUGGUUCGAUUGUUGUCAAUGGUGCUCCGCUCUUUUGUUUCUCUGCACUGGCUCAAUCGUCCAUUGCCCUGAUCCUGCCUGGUUGGAUCAUCCUUUCAGCUUCACUCGAGCUCCAAUCGCGUAACAUCAUUGCUGGUAGUAUUCGCAUGGUCUAUGCCAUCAUCUAUACUCUUUUCCUGGGCUUUGGUAUUCUUAUCGGAACUACGUUAAUGGGGUUGGCCUACCCCAACGCCACAAGUGAGAUUUCUUGCGCGAUGCCUUCCUACUGGAACACAUCCAGCCCAUACGACCCAAAGGUCAUGUACACCAAAUUCAUCUGGGUUCCCAUCUUCACCGUUUGCCUGGCAAUCAUCAACCAAGCCAAAUUCAAACAGAUGCCUGCCAUGCUCGUCAUAUCCUUCUGCGGCUACCAAGUCAAUUUCUGGUCCUCCAUCCGCUUCAGCCAAAACAUUCAGGUCGCCAAUGCCCUCGGCGCGCUCGCAAUUGGUGUCCUUGCCAACGGGUAUUCGCGCUUCCGCCACGGAGUCGCCGCCGCCGCCAUGUUGCCAGCCAUUUUCGUCAUGGUCCCUUCCGGCCUCGCAGCAAGCGGUAGUCUAGUCGCAGGCCUGACAAGUGCUAACCAGAUUACUCACAAUGUGACCGGGAUCAGCAUUGUCAACAACGGUACACAGGGCUUCUACGAUGCGCAGAACACAACACUGACGGCUAGUGAUGGGCUUUAUGGUGGGACUAUUUUUAAUGUCGGCGUUGGUGAUAUAUCCGUUCGGGAAGAAGAGGAGUGGGCUUUUUAG